AUGGAGAAGGAUUCCAGGAAUAUCGAUCUUCCAGUUGUGGAACGAGCGUCCGAUUGCCUGGCGACGAUUGAUGUAGAGCUUCCAAACAUCGCUGUACGAACACGUCUCGCCAACCGAGAGUGGUAUGAACCCAAGCCGCAUAUUGUUUGGGAUGUGAAACGGAAGGUGAUAGCCGGGGAUCCCCCGAAUACAGUGCGUCCCAUCGUGCAGGAGUUGCUGGCUAACCGGUUUAACCGUGCUUUGGCUAUUUAUACGGAUGGUUCUAAAUGCGAGAACAUAGUUGGAGCAAGUGUAUUUAGUAGCAGUAUUCAGCAAGCAAUAGGUCUUCCGUCACAAUGUAGCGUGUUUUCAGCGGAGGCCUUUGCAAUCAAGUCGGUCGUCAUCGCUGCAAGAGCAUCAACCGAAUGUGUUAUAAUUCUGUCUGAUUCGGCCAGCUGUCUUUCGGCCAUAGGGAGUGGUAGAUCGCAGCAUCCGUGGAUCCAGGAAAUCGAGCGCUUACUACGUGCACGGCCGAUCCACCUUUGUUGGAUCCCUGGUCAUGCCGGAAUUCGCGGUAACGAAGAAGCAGAUCGUCUAGCCAGUGAAGCACGAAACAGUCCACCAAUCAACGUCGCCGUACCAAGGAUUGAUUCGAUCAAGAACAUGAACCAAGUCUUUCGUCAGCUAUGGGAAGCACGUUGGGCACAAUUGACAGAUGUGAAGCUGAAGGAAGUCAAAAGGGAAACGAAGAAGUGGAUCGAUCAGUACAGCUCUGCCGAUCAACGCGUACUCGCUCGUCUGCGAAUUGGUCAUACUAGGGUUACGCAUGAAUUUUUGCUGAAGAAAAUAGCUCCGUGGAUGCUGUGGGACCGUAGUUGA